GUCCCCGCCUGCCCCAGCAUCCCCCGCGCGGCGAAGCUGGGUGCCCCGGGGAGUCUGGCCACCAUGGCACCUCCUCUCCUCCUCUUCUUCCUCCUCCUCCUGUUCCUUACCCCCAUGGGAGUCAGGCCGCAGGAAAUACACCUACUGGAGGCUAAAGAGGGAGGCAAUGCUGUGCUGCCGUGCCUUGAAGGUCUCUCAGAUGGUCCCCCUGAGCAACUGGCCUGGUUUCGGGGCUCCCAAUCAACACCCUUCUUAGAGCUGAGCCUAGGGUCACCAGGCCUGGGCAUCCACGUGGGGCCCCUGGGCACCCUGAAGGAGCCCCAGGGAACCUUGCUGUUCAUCUUCAACGUCUCCCGCAAGAUGGGGGGCUUCUACCUGUGCCAGACAGGCCCCUCUUCUGAGCAAGCCUGGCAGCCUGGCUGGACGGUCAGCGUGAAGGGCAGCGGAGAACUGUUCCGGUGGAAUGCUUCAGACCUAAAUGACCCAAGCUGUGGCCUGGGGAACAGGUCCUCAGAGGGCCCCACGCCCUCUUCUGGUCACCCCACAAGGUCACAGCUCUAUGUGUGGGCCAAGGACGGCGCUGAGAUCUUCCACACAGACUCUGCCUGUGCCCCUCCUAACGGCACUUUGAACCAGAGCAACAACCAUGACCUCACUGUGGCCCCUGGCUCCACACUCUCGCUGUCCUGUGGGGCAUCCCGUACCUCAUUGGCCAGAGGCCCCAUCUCCUGGAUCCAUGUGCGUCCCAAGAAGCCUAGAAUCAAAUUGCUGAGCCUAAACCUGAGUGAGGAUGCCCAACUCAGAGAGAUGUGGGUCAUGGGCACCCUCGGGGGAAAGGCUGUUCUGUUGCUGCCCGAGACCACAGCUCGAGAUGCUGGCGUCUAUCAUUGUAACCAUGGCAACGUGACCACCCAGAUGCAGCUGAAGGUCACUGCCCAGUCAGCAGUAUGGCAUUGGCUUCUGGAGACUGGUGGCUGGAUAGUCCCUGUUGUGACUUUAGUUUAUCUGAUCUUCUGCCUGGGAUCCCUCAUGGGCUUUCUUCAUCUUCGCAGAGCCCUGAGCCUGAGGAGGAAAAGAAAGCGAAUGACAGAUCCCACUAGAAGGUUCUUCAAAGUGACGCCUCCCCCGGGAAACGGGGCCCAGAACCAGUACGGGAACAUGCUCUCCCUCUCCACUCCCCACUCAGGCACGGGACGCGCCCUGCGGUGGGCUGCGGGCCUGGGAGCCACCGUGCCGUCCUACGGAAAUCCACGCAGCGACCUCCAGGAGGCCAGAGCCACGGGGUCCCGGAGCCCACCAGGAACCGGCCCAGAAGAAGAGGAAGGGGAGGCCUAUGAGGAGCCGGACAGUGAGGAGGGCUCCGAGUUCUACGAGAACGACUCCAACCUUGGGCAGGACCAGCUCUCCCAGGAUGGCAGCGGCUAUGAGAACCCUGAGGAAAGGGUCUUGGGUCCUGAGGAUGAAGACUCCUUCUCCAACGCUGAGUCUUAUGAGAAUGAGGAUGAAGAACUGGCCCAGCCAGUUGCCAGGACAACAGACUUCCUGAGCCCCCAUGGGUCAGCCUGGGACCCCAGCAGGGAGGCAACCUCCCUUGGGUCCCAGUCCUAUGAGGAUAUGAGAGGGAUCCUGUAUGCAGCCCCCCAGCUCCGCUUUGUUCAAGCCCAGCCUGGUCCCAGUCAUGAAGAAGAUGCAGACUCUUACGAGAAUAUGGAUAAUCCCAAUGGACCAGAACCAGCGUGGGGAGGAGGGGGCCACAUGGGCACCUGGAGCAACUAGGGGAUUCCCUUCAGGUGAGCUGGGAACUGCCCUGCAGGGAUGGGGAUGAAGGAGGGAGAUGAAUAGGGAUGGAAGGGGGGUGCUGGUUCCUGGACGGCUCCCCAUUACCAUCUCUUCUGCAUAGCAUGGGCCUCCUCAGGCCCCUGAGAUCCACACCUGACUCUGAAAUCUGGGACCCCCAGCAGAUGGCGCCAGCCUCUGGAGCAAUGUUACUCAGGAUGUGUGUAUCUGUGUACACACACAGUGUACACAAGCGAAACUUCGGCCCCCUUUGAACUCCCCAAAUAAACUCAGUGAGCUCUUCCAAUCCUGUGACAUAGUGCCCUUGUGUGGGAGGGGAAGGGAAGGUGAGGAUGCGUAUAUUCCCACCCCCUCUUGAAUCCAGCGGAGGAGGGAGAACUGCAUUUCCGGAACCACAGGGCCUUUUCCCACCUGGGGCUUGGCCUGCACUCAUCUCCCUCAGUUGCCUGCCAUUCCCGCCAGCCAGUCAUUCAAUCAUUGUUCAUUCAGCAGUUGUAUUUGUGGCGCCCAGAGAAGCCGAAGCAAUCCAGGAAUUGGCAUUCAUCACUGCCGUUUAUUGAGCAUCUACUAUGUUCUAACAUCAAUGAAGGCAUUUAACCUUUCUAAUCAUCUGUUAUGUGCCAGGAUUGUAUCAAAGUAUUUUAUGUAUAUUUUAAGUGUGUGUAUGUUUAUAUAUAUUAGCUCAUUUUAUCUUCACAAACAACACUGUUUCAUAGAUGAGGAGACUGAGGCAGAGACCCUAAAUUACAUGCCCAAGACUUACCUAGUUAAUAAAUGUUGGGGUCAGGACUUGAACUCUGGUCAUCUAAUUCCAGAGCCUAUAUCAUUCUUGAUGCUCUCCCUUCCUAGGUGCAGUUGUGUAGAUGGAAAACCGAGGGUCAGAGAGGCCAAGUCAUGAAACUAGCACUUCACAGAGCUGAAUCCAGAAAUCUGGCUGCUGUUCUAGCCAUUGUGCCUACUGCCUGGUAAACUGCCUAUGAUAUAAACCACAAACACAAAGACUUCAGAGCUAAAAGUCUCCAGACCCUGAAACCAUUAUGUAGCAAGCUCUACCACACCCAAAUUCCUGCCUGUCUCAGGCAAAGGUGGACUCAGUCAUUGAUAGUCUUUGUGUCUUCUGCCUGGUCUCCCCAGCUCCAGUGCUCUUCUGAAACCCAGGACUGGCAUCUGAAACCUAGUCCCUCUCCUGCUCCAGAAGUUUCAAUGCUCUCUGUAAGAUCGUCUAGACUUUUUCAGUACCUAUAUUUUUAUUUCUAGAAUUCCUUUUCUUAACGCACCUGUUGUUUCUUCAUAAUGUCCUGUGUUUGUUUUUGAGACUCUAUUCCUUCUUUAUCUCUGAACCUUUAAAACUUACUUUAACUGUAUUAACGCUGUUAUGAUGUGCCAGGCAUUGUUCUAAUAAAUGCUUUACAAGUAGCAUCCCAUUUUAUCUUCAUGACAAUUCUAUGAGGAAGGUGCACUAAAAGUAUUAUCACCUUAGAGCUGAGAAGACUGAGACACAGAGAAAUUAAAUACUUCAGUUGCUAGCUGACUUUAGGCGACUUACUCAAGCUCAAUGACCCUCAGUGUUCCCAGUUAUAAAGUAGCAUUAGGGAGGAGGUGAUUAUCAUCAUCUGUACAAUGGGGGGAAGCCUCCCAUGGUGUAUCACCAUGGAAGAGUUCUUUGACAUCUUUGUGUUUCUCCUGCAGGAGUCCUUUGCCCCACUCACAUCUUCUGGGCCCAGCUUACGUUGGCUUCUGCCACAAUCUUACAGGCUACACAGGUUUCUGACCAUUUUAUUCAGAGCA